AUUAUCUGAUUCAAUUUUCACUAGUGAACGCGAUGAAAUGAGUAACAAAAACAAAAAUUAUAUUCACUAAAUUUUAUAAACAAAGUGCCAGUUCUACCAAAUAAAACACGAUUAAUCGUGUAGUUACAUUUGCAACGCAGUAUUACUUUGAACAAAACGAAACUGAAUUGUAUUAUCACUAUACGAAAAUGCAUACAGCGCAAUAGUGGUGCGAAUUGGGAUAGACAAGAAAUUAACUAAUUGUCGUAAACAGAAUUGUAAAAACAUACAUAUAUGCGUUAAAAAACAUAUUUUCAAGUUACCUUGAAAGUGAAAAUCCUUUGAAAGAGACGUAAAUUCCAAGAAGUGACUAAGAAAAGUAUACGCCCGUUACCCUGAAUAAAGGGUGGGAAAAAUCUUGGCAGUUGAGUACAAGUGGCAGUCGCAUUACACAUUUUGAUACAAAAGAGAUUCAGGAUGGUUGAACCCAUUUUCGAUUACCAAUUUCGGCUUAUUCUUAUUGGUGACAGUACAGUGGGCAAGAGUUCAUUACUAAAAUUCUUUACAGAUGGCAAAUUUGCUGAGCUAUCCGACCCUACUGUGGGUGUAGAUUUUUUUGCCCGCUUGAUCGAAAUGAAGGAUGGUACGCAGAUAAAACUCCAACUAUGGGAUACGGCUGGCCAAGAACGCUUUCGAUCAAUUACAAAAUCAUACUAUAGAAACUCUGUUGGGGUAUUGCUAGUUUAUGAUAUCACCAACUACGCUAGCUUUGAACAUAUACCUCUCUGGAUGAUGGAAGCCCAGCGUCACAUUGAACCACAUCGUCCUGUGUUUGCAUUAGUUGGUUGUAAGCUUGAUCUGGUAAAUGCAGGUGGCUGUCGAGAAGUUAGCACUGACGAAGCACAAACAUUUGCUAAGCAAAAUGGACUGCAUUUUGUAGAAACUUCAGCCAGAAAUGGCGUCAAUGUCGAAGAAGCUUUUCGUAUGGUCACGCAGGAGGUAUAUGCGCGAAUACGUUCGGGCGAAUACAAAGUUGAAGAUGGUUGGGAUGGUAUAAAAACAGGAUUUGCACGACCAAACAGUUUAGAUUUCAAUUUGGUUAUGGCAGAACCUGAAAAAUCAUCUUGUUGUUGAUAUGUUUGUAUUCGGUGUUUUCGCUAGUUUUUACGUUUUCAAGAUUACAGAAGACUUAAUUUUAUUUUAAAAGCAAAAUUCAAAUCUUAUUAUAAUUGUUUUAUAUACAUAUAUACAUACAUAUAUUUGGUUUUAUUUUAACUCGAGGAGGUAUAGUCAUAACAACUGGGCAUUUAUGCACUGUUUGGAGGUAGAGGCAAAAAUAGCUUAUGUGUGUAUAUUUGUUAUGAAUUGAAAAAAAAAAAUGCAAACGAGACUAUUCUUACCAAAUAAAUAAACCAAAACGAAAAAUAAGUAAAUAAUGGAUAAACGGUCAAAUUAAAGGACUCAUAUACAUAAGUACA